UACAGUAAUAAAAUAAACGUUAAAGCUUUUAACAAGACGUGGCUGUAAACAGCUCAUGAAUUAUUCACGAGUGGGCGUGUCUCACGGAGGCCGCUUAUUCCUCGCGCAAAAAAAGUGCACGUAAACUACGCCAGACAGGUCAGCGUGACCAAGUCGAAUGUUCAAAAGAAACUUAUUCUAGUUUUAGAAACAAACAAACAAAAAAAACUUCACUGGAUCGAUUUCUUUUCAAGGCGCAUGCUGGAGGAGCACAUGGCGGCGACGGAGAGAAGCUUAAGCCCGGCGGUGGAGUCGGUUGUGCCGGCAUGCAUGUUCGCACCUGACCCGGCCUGUGCGGAGGAUUCGCCCGGCGCUGAGCUCAGCGACGCCGGCGACAACCAGAACGGGGAAGCCGAGGAUCAUUUAGACCUCACCGGCAAGUUUGCACUGGUCAGCCCUACGGGAGAGCAGUACGAGUGUUUACAGAAGCACCUGAGAGAACGAAUAGAGGAAGGAUGCGGGGAAACCAUCUACGUGGUCGGAAUGGGAACAGACGGUGGUGAUUAUGGUCUGGAUGAGCAGGAUAUGGAAGCAUCUGUCGCUACGGUGCAGUCGCUCUGUGAACAGGUUGAUGCCGACCUGAUUCUGCUGAGAGAGAGGACGGAGACAGCGGGACGUGUCCGAGAUUAUCUCAUCCGACGACGAGUGGGAGAGGCAGACUUCCUGGAAGUCAGAGUGGCGGUCGUAGGCAAUGUAGACGCUGGUAAAAGCACUCUUUUGGGUGUCCUAACCCACGGCGAACUCGACAACGGUCGCGGGUUCGCCCGCCAGAAGCUGUUCCGCCACAAGCAUGAGAUGGAGAGCGGCCGGACGAGCAGCGUUGGCAAUGACAUCCUCGGUUUCGACCAGGAGGGCCAGGUGGUCAACAAACCAGACAGCCACGGGGGCAGCCUGGACUGGACCAAAAUCUGCGAGAGGUCGUCGAAGGUCAUCACUUUCAUCGACCUGGCGGGCCACGAGAAGUACCUGAAGACCACCGUAUUUGGCAUGACCGGCCACCUGCCGGAUUUCUGCAUGCUAAUGGUGGGGAGUAAUGCAGGAAUCGUUGGCAUGACGAAAGAGCACCUCGGUCUCGCUCUGGCCCUCAAUGUUCCUGUUUUUGUAGUUGUAACGAAGAUAGACAUGUGUCCUGCUAACAUUUUACAAGAGACAUUGAAGUUAUUACAAAGGUUAUUAAAGUCUCCAGGAUGCAGAAAGAUUCCAGUUUUGGUGCAAAACAAGGAUGACGUCAUUGUUACUGCCUCAAACUUUAGCUCAGAAAGGAUGUGUCCGAUUUUCCAGAUCUCGAACGUGACGGGUGAAAACAUGGACUUGUUGAAAAUGUUCCUGAACUUGCUGUCUCCCAGAACGACGUUCAAGGACGACGAACCAGCAGAGUUUCAAAUUGACGACACCUAUUCAGUGCCGGGCGUAGGUACCGUAGUAUCAGGGACUACUUUACGUGGAUUAAUACGGCUGAAUGACACGCUGCUCCUCGGUCCGGAUCCUUUGGGCGUCUUCAUCCCCAUCACCGUCAAAUCCAUUCACCGCAAGCGCAUGCCGGUUAAAGAAGUGCGAGGCGGGCAGACGGCCUCGUUCGCUCUAAAGAAGAUCAAGCGUUCAUCGAUCAGGAAGGGGAUGGUGAUGGUCUCGCCUCGCCUCAACCCACAGGCAUGCUGGGAGUUUGAGGCAGAGAUUCUCGUACUGCACCAUCCGACGACAAUAGCACCAAGAUACCAAGCUAUGGUUCACUGUGGCAGCAUCCGACAGACGGCCACCAUCAUUGGCAUGAACAAAGACUGCUUACGGACGGGGGACAAAGCCACCGUACACUUCCGCUUCAUCAAGACCCCCGAGUACCUUCACACGGACCAGAGGCUCGUCUUCAGAGAGGGCAGGACCAAGGCCGUGGGUACCAUCAUUAAGCUGCUUCAAAGCAAGCCUCAGGCCAAGAUGCAGUCCAUCAAGAAAACCUCAUCACAGGUGGAAGGCUCUUCAUCAGCCUGCGAGGAAAGCACACAGAUGGGAGGAAGCCCUCAAACGGGACAACUGUUGAAGUCCGGCGGAAGCGGUCGACGGCGCGGAGGUCAACGGCACAAAGGCAAAUCAGCUCUGAGCAGCUCGGGAACAACUACUUCAGCGGCCGCAGCGGCCGGCAACUGAGCUUCACCCAGCCGCCUUUAACGUUUUAAGUGAACACCAGAGGGCAGUAAAGCCUUUCUUCUCUGUCACUCUGCCCUUUUUUUUUUUCUCCCUCCUCUCGCUAAACCGGACUGAACUAUUUCUGCCUAAUUAGAAACGUUCAUCUCCACUGACACAAUCGUGCCAAAACCCUGACUGACAAGCAGCUGUUGUGUUUUUCGUCCACCCGCUCUGUUAUUUUUUUUUUUUCCCUCUCUCUCACCCUUAUCAAACCCUUUUACUUAAUAUUCUGGAGUCUCAACAUCCUGUAAUAAACACCCCAAAAUCCUGGAUUUUGUAGCCGGAAUGUUUCCCCGAGGACCCAAUUAAGCAGCCUUCGACUGAAUCCCUGUUUGUGUUCAGCGAUUUUGCUAUUUUUCAUGUCAUUUUCCUCCUUCAAUUGAAUUUGGCAAAUGCUAACGCAGAUGAAAGGGAGAAAUCUGUUCUGCUUGUCAAUCUCUCAUGCCCCCUCAUCCUCUUCUGAUUUUAAUGAGCGUCGUAGCUGCCGAGACGCACCGAAUCACGGCAGAUAAAACCGCUCCCCGCUGGAGCGUCACAAAUUAGGUGGCUUUCUGCUCUCGCGCGUUGCUUUUUCAUUUCGUGACCUGGCAUUACUUACAAAAGGUCUCACCUUUUCACUUUUUAUUUAUUUAUUUUUUUUUGGCUUGGAACAGAAAGCUAACCGAGUUGACGUGGCAUUUAGUUUUUACCUUAUUUUCUGUCUAUUCUUAUUUAUUCUAGACUCUUUUCAUUGAAUUGCCUUGAAUGCAUUCGCACUGAAAUACUAAUUCUCCCCCCAAAAAAAUAAUUCAGUCGUCAUUUAUUCACCGUCUUAAUGCCCUAAACUAAUAGGACCCUUUUUUUUGUGGAGGAGUUGCUCUUUUCUGUGAAAUUACAGUAAAUAGAGACUUUUAUUAUUGUUUUGUUGCACAAAAGUGGUUUAUAAAUCUGGUAGCUAAAAAAAAAGAAACGAAUAAAGGUAAUCGCGACUUUUUAUUUCGCGAUUGGAAUUGCGAGGGGAAGAAAACAGUUGUCAGAAUUGCGAGAUAUAAACUGAAUUUUAUAGGGGAAAAAUUAAUUGUGAAGAAGAAAAAAAAAGAUUUGUGAGAUAUACUGUAAACUCUGAAUCGCGAUACAUAAAGAAUAAACAAUUCUUUUUUUCUCUGAAUUUUGAGUUUGCAUAAUCACAAUUCUUGUUUUUUUUGUUCCAACAUAAAAAAAUAAUAAUAAAAAAAAUCACAAUUUGUUUUAAGUCUGCAUUUUUGCUAUUCUGAGUUUAUAUUAGAGUUGCGAGGGAAAAAAAAAAAAACCUAAAUUGUCAGAUUCACAAGAUAUAAAUUCAGAAAUUUGAGGAAAAAAUUGCAAUAUAUAAACUUUAGUUUAGAAAUAUAUAUUUUUUUUAACCAUAAAUCUAACAAUUCAGAUUUUUUUUUUCACAAUUUGAUAAACAAUUCUGGGUUUAAAAACUCUUGAACGUCAGAUAUAAACUCCAACUUCCACAUACAUGUAUAAUACUGCUAGUGUUAUAUUUGAAGUUAUCUCAAGUAACUUCAUUUAGGAAACAAAUUAGUUUUUUUUCCAACUUUUCAGGAGGUCUUGUUAUUUAAGAAUGAUUUGUAUUGAUAUUAUAAGUUCAUGUCUUAUGAACUUUUUAAGGAGAUCUUGAAUGGAUGUCAACAUUUCUAUAAAACUUUGGUUUGUUUCUCACCAAAUGACUUCAAAAGACUAGAGAUGUAUCUGUUAAUGUCAUAUGGACCACGUUUACGGAGCUUUUGAAGCUUGAAAGAUUCAUUUCCCAGUGAAAUUGUGAAAAGAGCAACUGUUACGCAACAGAAGUAACGUCAUGGUGGUUUAGAAAGAUUCUUUUUUUUGGGGGGAGAACUAUUCGAUUAAAUAUGAACCUAAAUUGGAGUUAUUCACCACUGAGUAUAUCUGUGUGAUGCCUGCUUGGGAUUACAUUCGAUAGGAUAUUUAUACGAUAUGUAAAAAGGUGUAGGUCUUGAAGCUCCCUGUUAAAAUGGAAGAAAGUACAACAAUUAUCCAUUUAGUGGAUAAUUUGAAGUCCAUUAUAUAUUGUAACACCAGUCCAGACCAACAGAGUUCAACAUAAGAAAAACAAAUGUUGUCUAUCAAGAUUUGGUUUCAUAAUUGCAAUUUUAAAACAAAAGAAAGACUCAGUGCCCACACAGUAGCUUUCAUUUACAUAGUUUUCAUGAUCCCAAUGCUCUGCAUCCACACAAGGCAUCAUUCAAGGCAGUUCUGGUUCUUGGAUUUGAUCUUCUGUUCUUGUCUUUUGAAUCAAUAAAGGUGAACCACAAGGUCUGUACUACCAGGGAGAUCUUUAGACAUUGAUUUUAGUUUUAUCUGAGGCAGCCAAGUAGAUUUGAACCUUUUUAUUUUUAUUUUUUGUACAUCACAAGUGAUCACUAAGUUCAAUCAGAGCCUCUUAAGAAGACCACGUGCGAGCCCUUGAGUUAUGCAAAAUACAUUUUUAAUACUUUUUUUUUUUUUUUUUUUUAUCUUCAGGAACCUGAAGGAUAAUAAUAUUAUUUGUAUUAUUGUUUUACUUAUUUAUAUUUUUCCCUCCCCUAGGGCUGGUGAGUAAUUCGAUUUUUAGGCAAAAUACAACACAUUUAGUUUUAGAGUGCGUUCAGUGCAUUGGUUAUGUUUUCUUCUUUUGGAAAUUUUUAGUGCACGAUUUAGUUUCUUGCAUUAACAUGUAUGCACAUUAUGUGCAAAUGGGAAAAAAAAAAGUGAAUUUCUGUUGUAAAUCCUUUUAAAUAAAAUAAAAAGUACCUCUUAAUGCA